UAAAUCAACAGAUGCUGAGUUGCUGUACAAGUCGACUUUCGCUUACUACCUUCCGGGUCAAACGUAGUUACCAUAUCAGGAAACUCCGUCUCGAUAUGCUUUUGUUUUCGCCAGUCUCGACUGGACUGAAAUUCAAAAUUCUUGCCUGUCUAGACUCUAGACACCUAUUGUCUUUCGCGCCUAUACUGUACAUUAAACACCAGCGGAGCUCAUGAUCGACCCAUGAUUACUUUGGCACUGCCCAAAGUUCUGAAACGUUUGGCCGUCUCUGGUGCGAUAGUUGUUUGAACUCUAGCACAAAAAGGUCGGCCAAAGGAUGGUCUUCCCGUGUCUCAUCGACUACACAAUCCCAGCAUGGACGUAGAUCGUCCCUCAGGAGAACCUCAAACGCCUACGCCAAAUAUCUCAUUGUCAUGGCAGACACUCGCGCCAACAUCCUACUCGCUCACACCCGCGAUGAGCACCUCAGUUCUCAUAGUGCCAGUCACAUUGACAAAAAUUGACGUGUUCCCGAGUCCGUCGGUUGAACCAAUCUUUGUUGAAAUUGAGCAUGCAUCCCCAAUAACCAUGGCCGCCGUCAUUGGAGGAACGGUCGUAGGAGUCGCGCUUCUAGCUCUCCUAUUAGCUUGUAUCGUAGUGCGAUCACGUCGCACAGGACAAAUAUUAUCCAUGACCCCUUUCAACCUUUCCUCAACUGCACAGCGCAACAUUGCCGUUCCGAGUCUUCUGAGCGGUAGAGGCACAUUCAUCAUCCAACGUCCCGCACAGGAUUCUAGGGAUGGAUCUCCAUCUACCCCGUCCCGUGUCGAUCCCAUAUCAUAUCAGUUACCCAACAAUUGUGACACCUCUCCGUCCACUGUUGCAAGGCGCCGACGGUUCUACGAGCUAGAAAAGCUGUAUCCGUCAUGUGCCCAUUCCCCAGAUGAUUAUCGCCAUGAUAAUGUAGAUAACCGGGCUGAACAUAUAGUUGCAAGUGACUAUUCCCGAGAGCCAAGCGAAGAGCUACCAGCUUACCCUCGUUCGAUGGAAUCUUCGAGAAGCAGAGAAGCAGAUCAUGAUGAUCAUGAUGUCCUUCCUUCCUUAUAAACAUUAGACACUCAUGGACACUUCCCCAAUACAUUGGUAGCCAGGAUCAUGAACGAUGUCAUCUUGUACCCUUCUUGCCGUCGGAUUAGUCUUCCCCCUCGUAGUAAAUCACUGGUGUGUGUUUAUUAGCAUGUCUAUUUAUACGCCCAUCGGUAUCCCCU